CCUCACACAACGAUGGAUCCACGUGGCGAAACACCAUUGGGCAAUCCCUGACACCUCAAAUCUAAAGAGAGCAAUCGGAAACGGAAAACUGCUUUCCCUCUUUCCCUAUUGCUUCCUCGAAAUUCAACAAUGGCGGCCGUUGCAUCGGUGUCGUUUGCUUCAAUAGCUCACUCACCCGACCGGAAGUUCCCGAUUCCACCUUCUCACCGAUGUUUCGCGUCGAAUUUCAGCUCUAUCAAGCUCCGCUCGCCCGGCGGUUCCGGCAAGCUCCGGUGCCGGAGUUUGCGCUACGGUUUGGCGAUUCACUGCAUGUCCUCCGCCGCAGAUCCCCCUACGGUUGCUGAGACGAAGUUGAAUUUCUUGAAGGCAUAUAAGAGGCCGAUUCCGAGUAUAUAUAAUACAGUAUUACAGGAGCUGAUUGUACAGCAGCACUUGAUGAGGUACAAGAAGUCAUACCGGUAUGAUCCGGUGUUUGCCCUUGGUUUUGUUACCGUGUAUGAUCAGCUCAUGGAGGGAUACCCGAGUAAUGAAGAUAGAGAGGCCAUUUUCAAAGCUUAUGUUGAGGCUCUAAAUGAGGAUCCUGCUCAAUACAGAGCUGAUGCCCAGAAGGUAGAAGAAUGGGCUCGUUCUCAAUCAGCCGCUACUUUAGUUGAUUUUGCAUCUCGAGAAGGAGAAGUUGAGGACAUCUUAAAGGACAUCUCAGAAAGAGCAGGGAGCAAGGGAAAUUUCAGCUACAGUCGGUUCUUUGCUGUCGGUCUCUUCCGCUUGCUUGAGUUGUCAAAUGCAACUGAGCCAACCAUCUUAGACAAGCUUUGUGCUGCUCUAAACGUAAACAAGAAAAGUGUUGAUCGCGACCUUGACGUCUACCGCAAUCUUCUCUCAAAGCUGGUUCAAGCCAAAGAGUUGUUGCGGGAAUACGUCGACAGAGAGAAGAAGAAAUUAGAAGAAAGGGCUGCAACCCAAAACGCGAACGAGGCUAUCAAAAAAAUGCUUGGAGGAGCACUGGUCUGAUGAACGACACGUUUUCGACUUCUGCAUCAUGGUAGGUGUGUAAUGCUAGCCUUGAUGUUAAAACUGUUAUAUAAUUAAGAUUGGUUUUAUCCAAAGAUGAUGCAGAUUGUAUGAUAGGUUGCUGUAAAGUAGAAGAGUUGAGUUCUUAAGAAAAAAAAUGUUAAGAGAGCUGGCAUUCUAUUAUUGAAAUUAAUGUAAUUUUUGUUCAUAAUUCA